AUGGCAGGAUAUAAUGGCUACCCCGAUCCAAACCAGGAUACUUUGGGCUAUUAUAUUAACUAUGCGGAGGAUGAAGAGAUUGAGGAUGCUAUGAUUGAGGAUCGUGUGAUUCACCCUGACCUACGUGGUCCCGUUCAACCUGCGCAGGUAAAUGCAUCGUUUUCGACUUACACGAAUCAGCCAUCGUCUCAACCACCAACCUCUCAGUUCCAAAAUCCAUCCUCGGAACCAGCUUCCAAUCCCACGUCCAGCCAAUUUUUUAAUUUCCCUACCAAUCCUACACAGAAUCAAUGUUCCACAGCUCCAGGGAACUCAGUCCUGGUGCCUUGGUAUCCACAUGCUACCCAAGGCAAUCCAGCCUCGACCGCUGGCAUAUAUGCCCCUUUAGCAGGCAGUUCUAAUUUCCCUAUCAAUCCUACACAGAACCAACAUUUCCUAAAUCAUCCAGUCUAUACACCAAGCUAUAAUGAUUCCACUUCAGCAUAUCCAGCUCCUCCUGAAUCAGCAUAUCGACUUGCUCCUACAAUCGGAGGACAACAACUAGCUCUUCCUAUACCAGAAAAUUAUGGCCCUCCAUCUACCAACACGUCUCCAGCUACGACUGGCUCAGCCUUUACAGGGUCUUCUCCUGCAGUCUACCCCAAUCCUAACGAUGUAUCUUCUCAAACCCCUGGAACAACCCCUGGGGAUUCUGAGCCAGCCACCAGCCAGGGCAGGAAAAGGCAAAAAGAAACCUCACCAAGUACUGAACAACCUCGUCGUACCCGACGAAAGACGUCAAACUUAUCGGGUCCUGUCGUAUACAACGACAGUCCAGCUGAUGACUCGGGGCCGAACGCAGCCACAUCAGUUUCCGGGAGUGCCAGAAACCGCACCACCACUCAAUCCCAGAGUAAGGCAAAGGACAGCGGAACCAGCACACCUGCGAGUCGGAAAAAGCCUGGUAAGAAGGGGAAGAGUAUAAACAUUAGGCCCUCGCGGAUGAAACAACUAGCCGAACCCGACCAGCGCAAUCCCCUUUACCCGAAAGUAACCCGUAAGAAAAAGGACAAUGACAAAGAAGCGAACGACGACACGGGAUCCAAGAAAACGCGAGGGGGGAAUGAAAUCAUCAAAGUGCGCACCAAAUGUGACUUCUGUGCCAACCAUCCCGAUGGCAGGGCGGCGUUCAACGUUAACCCGGUAUGCGACUGGGAACACAUCGAGAGUGGAGGUGGAGAGGUUUUCAACCGAGAGUGUAGCAACUGCGCAAACUAUCGCUCUCGUCGUCGACUAUUCGGACAAGUUGCCAGUGUUAAAGACCACAUGUGUAAAGUCCAAGGCGAUGAGGGCUUACUCGAUUUCAAACACAAGAAAUAUGGCGAUGCCGACCCCUACGGCUACCCAAAGUCUGCAUGUGAUCGUUGUCGGAAGAAGAAUGUGGAGGACGUUUGCGACGUCGAUACCUUGUUGGGCUACGGGUGCUCUCAUUGUCGACGUGACCAGGACUGCGAAGUCGACGAGGACCUUAUGCCCCUGAGACAUCCUCAAAAGCAGAUUAGAUUGCCGUGGUAUCGACAUGCCUGCGACCGUUGCAAAUUACGCCAUGAGAUAUAUAAGGACUUGGAAGAAAACACCCCUUGUAACUGGCUCACGGAUAGGAGGUUAUGGGAUCAUGAUCAUCAAAGACAAGCAUGUUCGGUGUGCUAUCGAGAUGGUACGCCCUGUAUGAGCGACAAGCAAAAUAUCAUUCCACCACUUCCACCUGCAUCACCCAUCACAAAAGCGCAUCCUCCAAGAACUUGGACGAUUCGCAAAAAGUUCGAGGUGGAGGAGAAGGAGAAGAAGAAAGACAGGAAAACUCCUUGGCACGAGUACGUGGAAGUCACCACUGGCACCAAAUGGCGUAAGAAGUGCGCAGGCUGUCACUGGGCCGGACGAUCAGUCCAGUGUCUGAUCAUGUGGAAUCAGGCUCAUUAUGCCUGUGAACGCUGCACGCAAUUCGGUGUCGACUGUGUGUUUCAAGAUGUCAUAGCCAACACUUGGGUGAGAUACCCAAUCCAUGACUUGAGCAGAGUUGGUUUCGGUCAGUUUACCCCCUAUGUUGCUUGCAAGCCGUGCAAAGAUAAUGGACGUCACUGUGAUCGAAUGAGACCAUGUGACUCUUGCACCGCAGCCGACACCGUAUGCGAUGAUCUGGUUAAGGGGAACGGACGUGGCCUUAUUGCGAGGAAGAAAAUCGCUCCUCCUGAGACAGGAUACCCAGUUCCAACUCCUGGUCCGUUAUAUUAUCUGGCCUUGGGAUAUGGCCCAAAGGGCGUCAACGAUAUCAAAGAUGGUCGAAGUGUCGAGCACUGGAUCGGUCCUAUUGCUCCUGUAUACGGCGUUGAAGAACUAAAAUAUAGCGGAGAGCAUUAUCGAGCCAUUGCCGACAUUCAUCGAGGCUAUCGACCACCGGAGAGAGUGGCUCCUCCAACCAUCCCCACGGACGUGCAAUCCAAUAAAUUGACUGUUGAACAUAUGGCAUCACUCAUCAGAAACCUCUGGCCAAACUCUAGAGUUCCCAUGGAUGAUCCACAGGCCUAUCGGGAGCUUUGGAGAACGCUCCGUGAAGUACAGGAACUUAUUAUGAGACGUGCUGGGGAAGACGUACAGUUGUCUGAUGCACCAGCGAUUCCACGUACCUUCCGAGGAAAUCCGGUUCUUUCUGACUUGGAAAGGUUCCACGAUGCAUUUUCAGAUGUUCCUCCUCAAGCUCAGCCUCUUCCAGAGUUUCCACCUGGAAGUCACAGUGUCAACCAUUCGCAGGUUGAUCAGGUGCCUUAUGCUGCGCCUGCACUAUUAACGGGAAUCCCCUAUGGCGAUGGUUACUCCGACGGUGUCUAUCUCCCAGCUUCUGCUCAGAAGGGAGAGGGUAUUGUCGCCUCGGUGGGCGGCGUUGACCAUUCACAGUUUGAUCAGGCACCUAAUAGCACACCUGCUACAUCUGUGGGAUUUACGGCUGACGGUCGUUACCCUCAAAUUAUGUUUUACUCACCUUCUGAUGAGCAGGAAGAGAAUAAUAUCACCUCAGAGGCCCGCGAUCAGCAAGGCGGCGACGACCAGCAACUCGAUCAGGCACCUGAUGCUGUUUAUAACGACGGUAUCCCUGAUGAUCUCCAUCCGAUGUUUAUUGAUCCAGGGGAGCAAGGUGGUGACAAUCAGCAAACUCAACAGACUCGGCCAUCCGACCAAGGCCAAUCAGUUGUUGACCUCUCCAAGUUUAGUAGUAAAGAAAUGGAAAACUGGUUCAAUCUUGGUGAGUAUGAUCAGGGGAUGCAUCGUGGCCGCUUCAUGACGGGGCAGUAUGCUUCUAAGACUUCCAGGGCCGGCAGAAGACCGAUCAGGAAGGCGCGACCAUUCGCGAACAGAGUCCCUAGAGACACAAAGGCCAAGGAUAAGACCUUCAACCCUUUCCUCAGCUUCGCUUUGGAUGAGAACCGGAAACCACGUCUCAAGGCAAGAGAGAGAAGCUCGCGCUGGAAAGUCUUCAACCCGCUUGAGGGUCUUGACAUGGAGAAGUGGCAAAAGUCAAAGAGCCAGCCAGAUGAAGACACCUCUCAGCCAUGUCUAUUUUCUGUCGUCAACGGCCAACGAAACCAGUCCGUACUUCGAGCUGAUGUCUUGGACGAUGUGCCUUAUGAGCAGAUAGGUGGCAGAUCAAAGCAGUCUUGCGCAGAACCAGGUGAUGGUGGAAUCGGGCGUUGUGGCCAUCAGAACAUCAAUGAGCAUGAUCAAGCCGUUUGUCAAAGUUCUGCCCACAGGGAUACAGCACCAGGUUCCUUCCCAGUCUGCAAUGAUUGUGUCCAAGCCAACAUCAAAGACAUGUUCCGCCACGAAUGCAAUCCCAUCAUUGAAAGCGAGCUUCUCAGCAUGCGUGCCUAUCUCUGCAACGACUGUGCUGGCCAUAUGAGUAGCAGUGUUAAGAACGCAGCCGAGUACAGAGCCAUCGGAGCUCGCCGGGUGUUUGGUCUGGAGGCCGACAAGGAGAAUUCACAUAGCACAUACACCGCCAAUAACGACCGAUCACAGGCCAUGGAAUUUCACAAGGACACGGAGGCUCUGACAGGCUGUUCAUGCGCAAACAAGCUGUUUGGAACAUCCAUGUGUCGGUUCCAUAGAUUGUACUAUGCUGAGGAGGCGCUCAAGUUCUCGGCCCUGGUGCAAGAAUGGCGGCUUUCCAAGUUCAAGAAGGCAGUAUGCCCCAGCUGUCUCGCCAAAAAGCCUCUCGACAAUGCCAACCUAUCAGCAGAUGUUGGCGGUUUUACGAAGGGCGGACCAACGGCUUGGGCAUGUGUGAACUGCAACGAUUGGGUCGCAAAUGAGAAGAACAAUAAGACGAACCAGCCAGGUCUCGUCGACAAGAAGUUAUGGAGCUCGAAGGAUGGGCGUGAACUUUUUUCUUUACAUCAAGAGGCGGCGCAUAGUAGGGUGCCUGAGAUAGACGAUGCCGAUAUGGGUGGGCUGUAA